AUGCUUUGCGCAAGACUUGUACCCACGGUUGUGCGCUGGUUGGUUGUAACUGCCCUCAUCGGUGAAAGCGCCCCCAAAAUGACAUUUAGGACCGGUGCUUGCAGAUACGACAAAUCAAUUUUCUCCAACUUCACCAUUCAAAUUAUAAAAACCAAACUAAUGAUGGACAUGAUUCUGGUGUCCACCCUGCGGCAGGGCCUGAAGGCCCACCUAAGCUUCGAGUUCCGUCUGUCCAAGGGUAAGCCGUACCAGAGCGUCUACCAGCACGAUAUGAACUACUGUGCGCUUAUCAAAGGGGCUCAGGAGUCGAUCUAUCGGCGCUGGUUUACCUCAAUGCUGAAGGUGGGAAACUUCGCCACGAGCUGCCCGAUCUCAAAGGGUUACUAUUACCUUCAUGGGUGGACCCUAGAUGCGAGUAUUGUGCCAUCUUUUCUCUACAUUGAUGACUACCGGAUUGGAGGAACGUUCUUUUAUGGCAGGUUCAAGAAGCAGAUGGAAAAUCCUCUGCUGGAGUGUUCGGUGGAAGCCGUGUUGGACUGA